AUGUCCACAGCCGCGAAAACAACCACAACCUACCGCGCCCUCCUCCGCGAACUCCCCCGCCGGACCCUCUCCACUCCUACUCCUCUCCAACACCGCCUCCGCGACAUGUACAUCAGCAACAACAACAACAACAACCAACAAGGUGUUGUGAACGCAGACACACAAGAAUCCCUCCGCCAACAUCGUCUCGACCAGGCAAACCAGUUCGCUAUCUACGCUAAAGCCCAGCGCGUGUAUGCCGAGCUCGUCGAGAGAUAUAACCCCGGUACUACCCUCGAUGAGGAGGAGAGGAUUCGGUUGACGGCUAGACGGGUCGGGUGGGAUUUGCCUGUUGAGGCGGGGAAGGAGAAGGAUGAGUGA